CAAACCUUUAGAUGUUUGUUCCUCUUUUCUUUUUCAGUAGCAAUAUCUUGUUUUCCUUGGAAUGCUGCCAAUUAACCCUACUUCCAUUGUCACCCCUCUCAAGUUCUCCAUUGUCACAUUCUCAUUUCCUCAUUCGAACACCAUCUCUAUUCGUUGCAACGCCGCCUCUGAUCCAUCCUCCUCCUCUUCCUCUUUCAACUUCGUCGGUGCUGCUGAUGCCGCUUCCGCCGGCAGAAUUUCCAAAAAAUCUCUAGGCACUUCUCCGGUGGAGAAGCGAACGGCGAGUAACACCAAAAAUACAAAAAUUAAUGCCUGGGAAAAGCCUUGGUCGCGCAACCGAGAAAGCUACUUGGCCGAUGAUAGUGAACCUCUUCCUCUUCCCAUGACUUAUCCUGACAUUUCUCCUGUUUCGCCCGACGAAAUUGACCGUCGCCUUCACUGUGAUCCCCAAAUACAGGAUUGCAAGGAAGUCGUCUAUGAGUGGACUGGGAAAUGUCGGAGUUGCCAAGGAACGGGAUUUGUAAGUUACUACAACAAACGAGGGAAGGACACCAUCUGUAAAUGCAUACCUUGCCUUGGAAUCGUACCAGCUUAAACGAGAAAGUAAAGAAUGGAUACAAUUAGCUGACUGAAAAGAAGACAAUUGACACUUCUGUAUUUUCUUGAAGACUGGAACUCAUAUCCCUUUGAUGAAAGUGAAGACAAAAGGUUCAUUACAAUUUCUCUCUCAUGGUUUUUGUGAGUUUAAACUCUGUAAAAGGAUGGAUGUCAGUUAUAAAAUACCCCACAAGGUACGAGCCUCAGUUCUCUUGAGAUCUUCAGAUGUUCUCUUUAUGGACUAAAACAGAGUACAUGACAGAAAGAAAAUAAUUGAGAAAGAGCAACACUGAAGUGGCCAGUGACUUCUAUAAUUUGCAAUCAGAGUGACAGGGAAACUACAGAUUCUCAUAGUGAGAACUCUUUCGAGUUUUUGACCAAAAACAUCCCUAUUGUAUACGCACUACUUGGAUUACAUCCUUGAAAUAUACUUAUGAACAAAAAGCAUCCUUGUAUUCUAAAGUGAGCUGUUUUCAUCCCUCCAUUACUUUACUGCUACAAAACUAACGGACCCCCACAAAAUCCCGUAUAUGACACGUGACAUUUUCUUAAAACAUCAGCCUGCUUCACCAUUGUUGAUUGGAAAGAAAAAUUAUGGGGACACAGUCAAUUAGGAGAAAAGAGUUGCUAUUUUCGUAACAAAGAAAAUAUUGCUGAUUUGGAGUAUAUGGUAUGAAGAACUAUUUAGGGUUAAUUUCUUAUCGACUUAGGUCUCUACAUACUCCAAAAGUAUUUUUGUGGUUUUUGUAUUUUCUGGCAUGUUUUACCACUUUCUGCAUUUCUGGAGUUUCAGAUAAUUUUCUUAAAAAAUAGAAUGUGGUUGAAUAAGUUGUUACAGAACUUCUAAAUUUGUUGGUGUGACUGAAUCUUUUUUGGUGAAUAAUACUGGUGAAAUGGAUUUUAAUAUGGUCAUGGUUAUUUUUUAAUUACUGUGUUUAUGUUGCAUUUCUGCAACAUGUCCUAAUUGUUCAACUUGGCCAGUAGCCUGUAGCUGUGAAAUGGAUGAGUUGGCCGGACUUUUUAAUUAACAGUAACAUUCUAGUACAAUUUGAAAGAUCAUUCUAUUGAAGCCUCAUCUUCAUCAUGCUCAAUUACAACUCAAUAGUUAUAAGGAUCAGUUGAAAGCAUGGUCGAAGUGGUUUAGCAGUGUUAGUUCCAACUUCAAGCAUCUCUGAAGUCUUCUGUUUGUAGUUAAGGAUCAGUGUGUAUCUGGAAUGGAGUUGCAAAGCUUGUAAUUUUAUUUUCGAAUGUCACCUGCCCUGUCUGUGUCUUUUUAGGGUUCUGUUAGGUUUAUUACCAUGGGUAAUGGCAGAACGAAACAUGCUCAUUUCCAAAAAUGUGAAGGAUGUUCUUUGUUUACAGUGAUCCUUUAAAGAUGUAGUCUCAGUAAGUGGUAUACAUUAGGGGUGUAUUUGGCCAAAAACUCACUUUAUAUCAGUAAAGAAGUUUCAGCUUGUCCUCGAGAUCGUGGAGCAAUCUGUUUUUUUUUAACACAAAAUCUUUGUCACUACAGGUUAUGUGCAGAAGAUUACAGCACGCAAGGAUAUCGAUGUUAUGGAGGACUUAGAUAAUGGAAAACCACCUUGACAGAAGUUAAAUAUCUAAUGCACUUUUUUGUCUAACAUUAGCAGACAUUGAUGAUAGCUUUGAAGAGGCUUUUCUUCACUACUGAAUCCUAGUAUUCUUUAAGGUGCAAAGAGGUUGCAAGACUGACAAUUUUUGGAGUCAGCUAAAAGAGAUAUGCCUCCAUACUACAUUCAUAGUGCAAGCAACAAGUUCUUGAAGAUCAAGGGCGGCGUUCUGGGAAGAAUGAUGAUUAUUUUUUAUAAGUAAAUGCUAUUAUUUCAUUUAUUCCCUUGAUUAUUUCAUAUACUUUUUAUACAUUGACGCUGGACUCGUGGUUGUUAAUAAAUCAUUGAUGUAUGAAAUCUGAUCUCCCUCUUGAAGCACCAGAAUGUGUUCCCCUUUUAUGGCCUCCUGACCAUUCUGUUGUAUAACAUUUGUCUUGCCUGUUGAUCAUUUUAAUAGUAACGAUAAGUGUGUUACUGAAAAAUGCUCAGUAAUUUAAGGGCACUAAUUUUUAUA